AUGAGGAUGAAUUAUUAUCCUCCAUGUCCCCAGCCAGAGCUUGUAAUGGGCUUUUGCCCCCAUUCUGAUGCUUCUGGGCUUACUAUUCUCCUACAGGUCAAUGAGACAGUGGGCCUCCAGGUCAAGAAAGAUGGGUUUUGGGUCCCAGUUUCACCACUCCCUGAUGCAUUUGUUGUCAACAUUGGUGAUGCUUUGGAGGUGGUGACCAAUGGAAUUUAUAGGAGCAUUGAGCACAGAGCAACAACAAAUUCACAAACGGAGAGGCUCUCAAUUGCCACAUUUCUGAAUCCAAGACUCGACGGCAAUUUGGGCCCUGCUCCAAGCCUACUGGGCCCAAAAUAUCCAGCCCAAUUCAAAACAGUUAGCGGUGCUGAUUUUAUGAGGGGCUUUUUUAGCAAGGAGCUCAAUGGAAAGUCAUAUCUUGACACCCUUAGGGUUUGA